UUUUAUUUCAUGCUCCAAGUACUGGUUCGUUCGCUUUCUCACCUUUCGUACAGCAGCCGCAGUCACAGCAGUUUCAGCAUCCUUUCCAUAUCUUCGGUCGUUCCCCUGCUCAGCAACAACAACAGCAGUAUCAGCAACUACAGCCAGUACAGCAACAGCAACAGCAACAACAGCAAUAACAACAACAACAACAACAACAACAACAACAACAACAACAACAACAACAACAACAACAACAACAACAACAACAACAACAACAACAACAACAACAACAACAACAACAACAACAACAACAACAACAACAACAACAACAACAACAACAACAACAACAACAACAACAACAACAACAACAACAACAACAACAACAGCAGCAACAGCAACAACAGCAACAGCCAGGCUUUGUCUUUCAGCCUCCAAAUUUACUUAACAAUACUCAGAUCAAGACAACCUGAUAUUGGGAGGUGUCUUGAGAAGCAAGCCAUCGUGACACAGAUUGCACCUCGCGUGCGCCUUAUCAGGACCGAUAAUAAACUCACUUCACGCCCACCAGUGGGGUCUCGCUGGAACGUCAUGUACCAAGUAACGAGCCAACGUGACGAAGAAAUCUAUAUGUUUGCUUUACGAGCUGGCCUGCAGCUUCCAGUCGUGUUCCUGGAGAAGCUUUAUGGCCGUCUUCAACGGGACUUAGUUUUCUCGUUUAUGAGCACCGUCGACAGCAGCCAUGUCGCUCCACGAGAGUGGCCGGGAUGAGCAUGAAGAUAUCUCUCAGAUGUUGGAGACGCUUCUUACGGGCGCGAAGCCUGAAGAAGUGGAUCUUCCUGUUGAACCCACUCAAGGGAGUGAACCGGGGGAGUGCUCCAGCGCUUUGAUGUCAGGAGAUACAGAGACAGCAGCAGCAAAAGCAGAGGAACUGGACGUUUCGGAGCUUAUUUCUUGGGUGAGCGGAGAUGUCAAUCGGACCGCAGAAGAGAGUGGCGAGGCUGGUGUAGCAACAACGCAGAGAGAGAUGAAGAAUGACCCUGAGCAGCCUUCGACUUCGGGGGCUGAAGCCGCAACAGAUGAUGGCAGUGGAGUAGCAGUUACGAGUACACGUGGUUUGAUCAGUGAGGGUAGUGGCAAGAUCCUGGAAGAUGUUCAGGCGAAGCUUGACGAUGGGGGUAUGGAGUUUGUCCUUGCACACAUAUCGUCAACCAACUGACAGCUGAAGCUUUUGUAAUCAGUACCUCUUAGAAUAGCUCCAGUAAUCCACCUUCAGACAGCAGCCAGCGUGACAUUUCUGCUUUCAUGUGCUCCUUGCUGGAGCAGGCUAAACGGAACUCAUGAACUUGUCUC